GAGCAGUGCUGGGCGCUCAGGGACUGGACGUAAAGAAGAGUGCAAGUGGCGGGGUGGACGCGCUUUCCGCUGCCCUUUUGCAAACACUUUGCGAGAGCCGCUGCCCGGGCCUGAGGCGCUGGUGCUCGCUGCUGCGCGCGCCAGGGGGGUGAAGUUGUGAGGUUCCGCGGUGGGCGGAGACAGAACGCGGAGCCUCUGCUGAAGCGACGGCAGGAGGAGGAGGCGCCCGGGCAGUGGCUGCGGCGGCUGCAGGUAGUGGCAUGUGCUGGAGGGAUCUGCAGUGUGAUUGACAUUCCAUGGUGCUUCCUCUUUAUUUUCUUCACACAGGAGAAGAGGGCUUUGCUUUCACCAUGUCAAAGAGGAUUAAUGAUGUCAUCUCUUUCCAUUGUGUUCCCCACCUGUCGUCUUGGUAGGGUCUAGCUACAGAAUGAACAUAGCAGCGGUGUUUAAUGCCCUGCUAGUGUCUGCCCUUGCAGCUGUGCUGUGGAAAUACAUCAAGCUGCGAGAGCACGUCUUCGUGGUUGAAGAAGAGCUGGCCCUCACUCGCCAGUCCCAGGAACUCUCUCAGGUCCAGAUUGACUACCAUGCGGCUCUUCAGGCCCUGGUGGAGGACGGUACCAGGAUGGUGUGCACAGGCAGGAUGCACACGGAUCGCAUCUGCCGCUUUGAGUCCCUCUGUUACUCCACUGAGGCAGAGGAAUUUGUCUUCUUUCACAGCAACGCGUCAGUUAUGCUUCCCAACCUUGGCUCCAGGAGAUUCCAGCCUGCCUUGCUUGAUCUCUCCUCGGUGGAGGACCACAACACCCAAUAUUUCAACUUUGUGGAACUGCCAGUUGCUGCAUUGAAAUUCAUGCCAAAGCCGGUCUUUGUGCCUGAUGUGGCGCUCAUCGCCAACCGAUUCAACCCGGACAACUUGAUGCACGUCUUCCAUGACGACCUCCUCCCGAUCUUCUACACCAUGCAGCAGUUCCCAGACUUGGAUCUGGAGUCACGACUCUUCUUCAUGGAGGGGUGGAGUGAAGGCCUGCACUUCGAUCUUUACAAGUUACUGAGUAACAAACAGCCACUCCUCAGAGAGCAGCUUAAAACCUUGGGCAGGCUCCUUUGUUUUACCAAAUCUUACGUAGGGCUGUCCAAAAUCACCACAUGGUACCAAUAUGGAUUUGUUCAGCCACAAGGACCAAAGGCGAACAUCUUGGUUUCUGGCAAUGAGAUCAGGCAUUUCUCCAAGUUCAUGAUGGAGAAGCUGAAUGUCAGCUUGGAAGAAAGUGCCAGUGAGGAGUAUAUUGUAGUAUUCAGUCGAACAAUCAACAGACUAAUCCUAAAUGAGGCAGAACUAAUCUUGGCGCUUGCCCAGGAGUUUCAGAUGAAAACCAUUACAGUCUCCAUAGAGGACCAUUCGUUUUCUCACAUUGUACGUCUGAUCAGCAAUGCAUCCAUGCUAGUCAGCAUGCAUGGAGCCCAAUUAGUGAUGUCUCUCUUCCUGCCAAGAGGGGCCACUGUCGUGGAGCUCUUUCCUUAUGCGAUCAACCCCGAACACUAUACCCCGUACAAAACACUGUCAGCGCUCCCUGGCAUGGAUCUCCAGUACAUUUCCUGGCAGAAUACUGAUCAGGAAAACACUGUAACCUUUCCUGACAGGCCAUGGGACCAGGGAGGAAUUGCUCACUUAGACAAGGCAGAGCAAGAACGCAUAAUGAAGAGCAAGGAGGUUCCACGCCACCUCUGCUGUCGGAACCCGGAAUGGCUUUUCCGUGUCUAUCAGGAUACAAGAGUCGACAUCCCUUCCCUUAUCCAAGUGAUCAGGCAAAUGGUGAAAUUAAAGCCUGGACCCAAGAAGCAGAAGUGGACUAGUGGUCUGUACCCUGGCAAGGUUAGGGAUGCUAAGUGUCAAGCCUCUGUCCAAGGUACUAGUGAAGCGAAGCUCUCUGUGUCUUGGCAGAUCCCCUGGAACCUUAAGUACCUGAAGGUCAGGGAGGUGAAAUAUGAAGUGUGGAUACAGGAGCAAGGUGAAAACACUUACAUGCCUUAUAUUUUGUCACACCAGAAUCACACCUUUUCAGAAAACAUUAAGCCAUUCACGAUAUAUCUGGUGUGGAUCCGCUGCAUCUUCAACAAAAAUCUCCUUGGACCUUUUGCAGAUGUGCUCUUGUGUAGUACGUAACCCACUCUCUCUCUCUCAUGUGUCGAGUCCUUCCUUGCACCCCACCCCAUCAGUGGUUUUAAAAACCUGUUGUCCUGUAGUUUUUUUUAGAGGGCUGAAGAGGACCAGACCAUGCCAAUUCCUAAGUGCCCAUUUUAUUGUAUUUAAUGUGUGAAUUCUCUAGGUGGCAUUUAUUUCCAUUUGGUGUAAGAGCUCUCUGUUCCUGAAAGUAACCUCCAGAAAUGAAAUUACAAGCUGAAUACCUGUAAUUUGAAAAGCAGAAUGGAAGUGAAUCAUGUGUAAUUUGCUAGUGAUUUGAAUCUUUCUGUCGUGCAGUGAGUAUUUAAGUGCAACGUUAAACUACAAUUAUAUGGCUAGGUGGACAAUUGUCAUCGUCUUUCCCCAUUAUAACUUAUUUUUAAAAGCUGUAUCUGUAACUCAAGUACAGGAUUUGGUACAAGAGUAUUCAUUAAAUUAUUGUAAACCCCUUCAAGAGUUCUUUCCUCUUCGUAUCUGUCAAAAUGAUAGUUUUGUAAGAAUUAUCCAAGUUCAUGGUGAAAUGUAUGUGUGGGUAGCGCUUUCUCUCUCUUUUUCUCUCUUUUUCCUUCCCUCCAUAUUUUGGCUGGGAGGAAUAAGACUGCAGCAUCAAUUCUGUUUAAAAAUCAGGUUUUACUCUACCCCAGUAGCAACACAAAAAACUGUUAAAAGGGAGAAGCAACAGACGGAAGAUGAAAAGGGAUGCAGUGGGUAAAACAGCUGAGCGUGGGUGGGUAGUGCAAGCAGUAAUUAUUAUGUUUUAAGGUCUGUUUGCAUUUUGUAAGCUGUAGACUAGUCUACAGUUCUGUAGGAUGGGUGGGGAAUGGCGGAGGGAGGGUGAUGGGGACAGUUUACUCCAAUUUAACAAUUUACAUAAACCUUUUGUUUUCUGAAGUACAGUAUAACCUUGUUCACAACAGCCACCAAGGGACUAAUAAUUCUAUGGACACUUUAACUGGUGGUUGCUUAACUCUGAUUAAUAGGUGAGCUCUCUUAUGGGAACAGAGAUUUUUAGUGGCUGUUAGUAGACAAGACUACAGUUAACAAGUAAUCACUAGCACGUGUCACUCUAUUAUACCGAAGAGAAAUUGUGUGCUAUGGGCCAAAUUCUGAUAUUGGUUACUCCGAAGUCCAGAAGAACUCCACUGAAGUCAGUGGCAAGGGCAUCAGAACCUUUUGUAGAGGAGGGAGGGGGACAAGGGCAAAGUGGAUUCCAAUGUUCCUGCCCCCUCCCGCCCCCGCUUCUGGUGCUGGUGGUCAGUGGCAUUAUUAAAGAUUUACACUGUGGAUCAAUGUGAUCAGGAUCUGGUGCUGUGGUUUUAUCCUCUUAAUUUGAUGGAUUUCUGGGACUCUAAAAAGGGUCAGAUAAGGCUCUAUCCUGCAAUCAUCUAAAUGAGUAUUUCCAGGAUUGGGCCCUUAAUUAUGUUGCUUUUGAGAGAGAGGUCUGUCUGACUGGGCUGUAUUUAUGAAGUAAAACCAUGUAGGGUCAGAACUCUGGGUGCCUAAAUUAGCCUGCUGCAGAGAAAUCAAGGGGAUUUGGUCUAUGCUGUACUUCAUAUCUUAUUGGGUACGGUACUUGAAGAAUUUAAUUCAUAACUAAGGUUAAAGAAACUGGGAAGUGCUCCUUUACACAGCUGCCUGUGCAGAACUGGAGUGGAAUGGAUUGAGGUCCAUUAAUGGGAUACCACCUGAGAAAUGAGAAGUCUCCAGGCAAGAUUGUGAUAUGAUAUGAAGUGCUAAAAAUGUGAUGAC